UUGCACUCCGGUAUGUAAUUCACAGCGGACUCAUUAUGAAGAACGGGACUUGUGGGAGUCCUUGUAGGCAAACUGUAGCUCGACUGCUUUACUCCUCCUCUAUAUACUCAGUUUUCUGCCUAUUUUUUCAAGGUAUUUGCUUGUAGUAAAAGAUAGUGCCACCUUUUUUUUUUCUUGCUGACCAGACCUAGCUAACUUUAAUCGUCCGCUGGGUGAAAGUUGGAAUGGCUAGUUAACCAGUCAGUGUGUGUUUACAACAAUCAAUGACUCUGACGUACUGCGGUUAUAAAGUUACCUUGCUUGGCUUAUGUAGUAGAGGAAGUGGCCGAGAUGCUUUCCCGCGAAGACGCCGCGAGUGACAACGGCACCGUAUUUAUUCGGGAGAAUGGUGAGCUCCGCUGUGUAAACGAGCCCACUAGUAGACCUGUAGCCGGAGACGGUCAGUACGAACGGACGAAACGAUGCCGGCUGUUCGACAGGAGCUUCUCUGUGAAGCUGUGCAUGGAGAACGUGUGUGACGCGCAGUCGUCGGGCGGCGCGCGCAGACUGGAGCACUUCGUGUUCACGUACACGAAGGAGGGCAGCCUGCGCUACUCGGCCAAGUCGCUCUUCAGCAUGUGCCUGCUGUUCAUCGCCGACAACGUGCAGCACGUCGAUUCCCUGCUCGGCUUCCCCGAACAGAUGGCCGAGCGCCUCUUCACAGCCGCGGAGGAGAAGCGCAAGUUCUCGCACGGCGACACUGGCUUGAAGGCUUUGCAGAUCUUCACCGAAGCCUACGGGGACCUGGUGCUUAAAUCGUUGUGUUUAAGGAAUAGGUUUCUGCUGGUGUCAGAGAAGCUGGAGGAGAUUAAAAUGUUCCGCAGUCUCCAGACUUUGGACUUGUUUGGUUGUAAAUUGGGAGACAGUCAUGAGAUUCUUUCACACCUUACUUCAGAGGCCAUGUCCAGCCUGACACAGUUAUAUUUAGGCGAUAACUGCCUUUCGGACAGUGGCCUUAGAAAGCUCACCGCGCCGGUCAGAGUAAUGAGGAGAGGACUUGGAAACCUACAGCUCCUGGACUUGUCUUAUAACCCUAUCAGUGAGGAGACGGUUAGAUAUCUGUCGUGCUUCUCAAAUCUACGAGGGCUGGACAUCUCGGGAACUAAAGUGGAGGUGAUACCGCCGGAGAGUUAUCAACUCAAUGCUUCUGAAGAAUAUAGAAUAAAAUCAGUUCUUUGUGAGGACAGGUCCAUUUUAAUGUUUUACUCUCCAUUUCAGCUUGGUGAACUUGUGCAUCAGAUACUUCAUGACACAAUGGGAUUUGUUUUCUCUGAAACUCCAAUGAAGGAUUUCUGUCAUUCAUCUUGUAAAACACAGGGCUGGGCAGAGCAGGUUGUUAAUCAGUGGGAAGUUUAUAUGUCCGAGUUAUCAAAGCCAAAGAAGGGUCUUCAAUCAAGGACAGAUGCACUUCGCUUUUAUGGAAGAAAGUUUUUCCAUGAAAAACGUGAAGUGCCCCCAUUGAAUAGCAAGAUCAGUGAUGGCACAAACAAGAGGAUUCAGUUUUACAAACCUAUUCCUAAUGGCCAAACGCAGCCCUCAGCAGAUACCAAACAUCUUACAGUUACAGUGUCACACAAAAAAAGGAAAAGAAGCUUGGGCUCCAGGCAGAAGGACUUUGCUGAUUCAGACUGCAGUGGAAAGCACCAGUCAGUCCUUCCACUCACUGCAGAAGAUUGGGAUCUACUGAACAGUUACUGAGAAAGGCAGAAUGGAUACAGGAGCACAGAUAAACAGUGAAUGUCAGAGAAACCAUACAUGUUAUCUACCAGGGCAGAAGAGAUGAUGAGGAUGAGCUUCUGAUUAUAUUUCAGAUGAACUCUUUGGUGUAAGAAACUUUAGAGCACAUUAUUCUUGUGUAGUUUUCUCACUUUUUUUACUAAACCAGUGUUAUAUUUACUUUGAAGUGUGAAUAAUAUUGAAAUGUGUAUUUAUAAUUAAAGUUUUUAAAUGUUUUGUAAUAGCUUUAUAUAAUACUAUAUUAUAGUCCAUAAAGAAAGCAGUGGAAUUAUAAGGCUUAACCAUUACUCAAAAACAUAACUCUCCACGGCACACUCACUACUUGAAGUAAAGACUAAAGUAAAAGAGAUGACCCCUAAAAACCUAUUAUGAACCAGCACUCCUCUGCAAUUCCUCAGAUAUGUCAGGAAACACAGGUGUUGUGCUGCUACUGGUGCGCAGGCCUAUCACCCUGGGCUGCACAGCAUGCAGUCUGCAUGUGUGUAAAAGGAGAGUAGCAAAAUAAUCUGCCAAGGAUGGAUUGCUUGACUGAACCUGUAGCAUUUUGCCUACAAAGUCAUUUCCUCUACUUUUUUCUCUAUUCAUUAAAAUGACUAGCAGGGGAGCUAGCCACUAAUUCUUUGAGGUUUACAUAAAUGCCAAAAUGUCAGCAUUGUAUUUUUGAGUUACAUGUAGCAUUACACUGCAAAAAUCACACCAAUGAUGUAAUUUGGUGAGGCAGAAAAUUGUUAUGAACAGAUCUUGUUGGAUCUUAUUUCGUCCCAGUUAUUGUUCCUUCUAUGCAUUCACUAUUCAUCACUUUGCCAUGGAGAAAAGCAGGAAGCAGAAGUCCUUGCUGCAAUAAUGUCACAUGGUUACUACAGCAGCCAUCACAGACGUGCCCAGUAAAGUAAAUAGUGUUGUUCCCUGUUAAAUGCAUUGCCUGCCUGGAUGGAAAUCAAGUACCAUGUUUAAAUUUGAUCAGAAGACCAGAUCAGGCCUUUUAAAAAAGUAUAACUUUUGU